AUGAGCUCUUUUAAAGUGGAGCAGGAGAAGAUUGACCUGCAGAAGAGUUUGCUAUACUUCGAGCGUCUCUAUGGUCGGCCAAAAGAUGCUGAGUCCAAGCGUAUUAUGAAGCCUCUCUAUGAUCGCUAUCGACAAGUAAAACGUCUGGUACAGGCGCGUCGGGCCCGUCGUCUAGCAGCUGGUAACCUGUGUAAAGCGGGCGCCGAUAUUCAUCUACCACCUCUAAACUCGCGGCAUCAGCCAGCCAAUCUAGCCUGUGCCAACCCCUCAUUCUUACCGCUGUCACCGCCCUCCUCACAUUCAGCAAUUCCAAGCGUUUUGAAACCAUCCCCUUCGAUAGCGGUGCGCCUCCCACCUUUAGUAUCAACUACGACAUUUUUGCCUCCACCCCUGACCUCAGAACAGAGACAGCAGCAACAACGCUGGUCCCCGGAGGCGGAAGUACAUUUGCCCCAGCCUUGGUCAGACCUCGAAGUGAUCCCUCCCUUGCCUGUGCAAGUUUACUUGCUUGCCUAA